AUGGGCAUGGAAGACCCAUCUCCAAUUAGCACAGAGUCAGCACCAGAGUAUUUACGAAUGUUUGUUAACAUACCUGACUUACCUGUCAUAUGGUUGGAAGCCCCGGUGUCUGUUAUCCAUUUUGUGUCUGCAAUGCAAUAUGUCCCAUCAUCCCACAAUAUUGGCAUUAUUGCUCCUGGUAUUUGUCCCUUUCCGCAUGUGUCAUUCGGCGCUCACCAAGUGGUGGAGGACGUCGUUGUGGAUUUGCCGAAGAGAAGUUGUUGUAGCCUUGGUUCGAGUCCCUUUGUUGUUGUGCCUGAAAACCACGUCCAUUGGAGUUUAGCCUCUCUCCUAUGCAAACUCAACAUCCUUAUAAACAAUGCUGCAAUAAGUCUACUAAAGCGAGCCACAGACCAUACUGCUGAGGAUUUCUCAAAUGUAAUGAAUACUAAUAUUGAGGCCCCAUACCAUCUCUCCCAACUCGCAUACCCUAUGCCCAAAGCAUCUGGACUUGGAAAUAUCAUCUUUAUUUCCUCUAUUGCUGGUGUCACGGGUCUACCUGCUAUCUCAGUCUACGCAGCAUCUAAAGGUGCAAUCAAUCAACUUAAAAAGAACUUGGCUUGUGAAUUGGCAAAGGACAACAUUCGCAUCAACACUGUUGCACCGGGGGAGGAUGUCGAAAAAUCCAUAGCGAAGAUGUUCGUGCCGAUGAUGGCUCGAGUUCCUCUUCGUCCCAUUGCUGAACCUAAUGAGAUUUCAGGACUUGUGGCAUUCCUUUGCCUUCAAACUGCUUCAUACAUUACUGGGCAGGUUAUUGUUGUUGAUGGUGGACUUACAGCAGCUGGUUACUAG